AUGAGGGACAUCAGCAACCAAGAGUGGAAAGCCUUGCUGGACGUGCAGCUGGAGCCGGCAGGUCUCAAGCUGAUGGAGGCGCUAGACAACGGCGUCGACAUCCGGGCCCAAGCCUUCUGGGAUGGCCUUCCCGAUCCUGUGGUUGCGCUAGACUUGCCUUGGUCGGCCGUGGAGCUCCCUUCUGGUUGCUGGGUAGACUCCAAAACAGGUGGCAUCUACCUCGCCGUCGGCUUCCUGGCAGCAAUUCUCGCAGCCAUUUACGUCGGCAAAUCGAGCUACGUCCCCUCGCGUCUGGCCUCCCACCUCAUCUAG